UAAUUUUCUCGUCCGCGCGUUGUUGUUUAUCGGAGUAAAAAUAUGUCUGUCGAAAGCACGCCAGGUAGUGAAAAGAAGAUUUCAGAGCUUCGGGUAGUAGAUUUAAGAGCAGAGCUUGAAAGGAGAGGUCUUGAAAGAAGUGGCGUUAAAGCAGUUUUAGUUGAGCGAUUGCACAAGGCAGUGGAGGAAGAAGGAGCAGACCCCAAUGAAAUAUUGAUAGUAGUAGCAAAUACUCCUGCAAAGAAAACACCAGCAAAGAAAAAGGAACAAGAAGGAGAUGAUACUGCAGAUAAUUCUUAUGAGAUGAUUGAUGAAAUGGAGGAAGUGAUGGAGACUGAAGAUUCAGAAAGGCAGUUAGAAGAACAUGGCAUGCAGAUAAUGGAGGACAUUGGUCCAGAUUAUGAGAUGGAUAACAUUGAGGUUUUAGAUGAAAAGAUGGAUUCCGACAUAAAUGAGAAUGACGCUAUUCUGGAUGUACUUGAGAGCAUUGGUGAAGAUAAUGACGAUGCACUCAACGUGAAUGCUGAGUAUGACCAACUGCUUACUGAAGAUGAAGUUGAUGGAGAUGUUCCUGAUAGAGAUAAAGCAAGUAAUGGCCAAGACAAGAAUACAAAUGCUACUGAGGGUGUCAAUGAUACAUCCUUGCCCCCAACCCCGGGCUCAACAGUUGCAUCUGACCCCCUAACCAAAGAGGACACUAUCCAAAUGGAUACCUCUGCUGCCCUAAAAGCAGAAGACAAUGAGAGUCUGGUUGUUCAUGUCGAUGAACCUGCUCUACUUGAGCUAGAUGCUGACCUUACCUCUACCCCUAAAAAACCGCUAGAUGAUUCUACUGCUGAAGAGCAAACGACGGCUCGCAAUGCUGAUGACCGUAGUGGUACACCCACUAAAGAUGAAGGAACUGACAAAGGUGUUGAAACGGACACCACCAGUACAAAAACCUCAGAGGCUAAGGAUGGCACGAAAGAAUCGGGUAAAGAUGAAAAGAAGGAUAACAAGUCUACCAGCAAAGAUGCAACAGGUGACAGGAAAACUGGUUCAGGUUCAGCUACUAGUGGUUCACGCAGCAAAAGCUCUGCUUCAACCAAGACACCAUCACGUGAUGAAAAGGGUCGCAAUCUGUGGGUAAGCAACCUGUCGAAAAAUACACGUGCAGCAGAUUUGAAAUCAGCAUUCAGCAAGUAUGGCAAGGUGAUUGGAGCCAAGGUGGUAACUAAUGCACGUAGCCCUGGGGCAGCUUGCUAUGGGUUUGUUACCAUGUCAACAAGUUCCGAGGCUGCCAAGGCUAUUAAUCAUCUUCAUAGGACAGAGUUGCACAGCAAAACAAUUCAUGUUGAAUGGGCUAGGAAUGAUCCUGCCCCUGGUUCAUCUAGAAAACCAACAACUUCAACCCCAAGGAGGGAUAGCCGAGAGUCUAGCAGUCGAACAUCAGACACAAAGAAAGAUCCUAAAUCAGCUGAGAAAUCAAAAGUAUCUGAGAAACCAAAAGCUGCUGAAAAGAAACCAACUGAAAAGAAACCAGCUGAGAAGUCUAGUAAGGUAGCAGAAAAAGACAAACCUGCUAGCAGCAGCAGAGAUAAGACCUCCAGCUCAGCAAAGGAUAAAGCGAGCAGUAGCAAAGAAAAGUCUGAAGCUAUAAAGAAGGAAGAAAAACUUGGUGAAAAGGUUGAAGAUAAGAAGGCUGAUGAGAAGAAAGAGGGUGUUAAACCAACUUCUAGCCCGGUAAAGUCUGGGACUGCAGGUAAAUCGGAUGGAAAGGCAAUAGAGGAGAAGAAAGAAGGAAGCAGUAGUAAGCCAAGUCCAGGAACUAGAAGAGAUUCCAGUAAAGACAGAAUUAGUGCUAGGUCAUCUUCACAGAAUAAUGCUGACAAGAAGGAACGAGAUAAGAGGGAUUCAAAAGAUAAAAAAGAUGUUUUGUCAUUGGAUAAAAUCAAAGAGCAGCGAGAAAGAGAACGUCAGCGCCAGCGAGAACGAGAGAUGAGGGAAAAAGAGCGUCGUAGGAUGAGGGACCGAGAAAAUGCUUUGAGGCGGGAACGAGAAAUUCUACGGAGACAGCACAGAGAAGAAGAGAUGAAGCUCCAAAGGGAGAGAGAACAGUUAGAAUUGGAAAGGCAGCGGUUGGAAAGAGAAAAGUUAGAAAGAGAUCGUCUUGAACGCGAAAGAUUACGUUUACAGCAAGAACGUCUUCGCGAAGAGCAAAGGCUUGAACGUGAACGGGAGGAACAACGCCGGUUGGAAAUGCAAGUUAGACAAGAGCAAGAAAGAAGAGCAAAUCUAAAGAGAACACUUGACAGCCGAGCUCCUCCAAUCCGAGAAACAGACCCAUAUUGGCAUGAUACCAAAAGAAGUCGUCCUGGUACCAUUGAAGAAUUUAACAGACCUGACAUGAAUGAACCAAAUCUUUGGAAUUCAUCCAGAGUUGGUGACAAUUCUCACAUUGAAAGAAGAGUAGAGCGCUAUGACAGGCGUGGUAAUGAACAGAUGAGACGUGAAGAUCUGCAGGUUACAAAGUUUACUGGUCAACAAGGUGUUGGACGUUUUAGAGAAGAACAAGUACGGCGUGAUGAUACCAGACGAGAGGACAACUUGAAUAGAGACAGCCGCAACAGACGUGAAGAAGCCACCAGGAGAAAUGACCCUGGUCGCCGAGAUGGCAAUAGGCGAGACGAUUUCCGAGCUAAUGAAGCCUCUAGACGAGAGGACCCCUCCCGAAGACGAGAAACUGGGCCAAAUCGAAGAGAUGCAAAUGCUACAGCUACCAGAAGAUCACCAAGGGAUGAACGAAGAGUCGUUGCUGCCGGUAGAGAGCGUGAUUCUCAGAGGAGACAGUCAGGCGGUGUUGCCAGAGAUUCUCGAUAUCCACAAGACAAAUCUAAUUCUGUUAGUGAUCAUUCAGAAUCUCGUAAUCGUCAGCAUGACAGGCAGCAUGACAGAGGAGACAGACGAGAGCCACAGAGAAAUGCACAAGAUCGUGACCGUAGUAAUACGCAUCAUCAUGCUAAUGAACAUCGUCGUGGUGGUGUAGCCUCCCGUGAAGAAUCAAGUGGACGCCCUGGCACUAGGAAUGAGAGUUCAGCUAAUGCCCGGUCUGAUUGGAAACCAGAUCAUCGUGCCAGUGGACAAGUCCGAGAAUCUGGUGGUCAAAGAUCAGAUAGGAGAAUGGCUGGAUCAGAAAGACAUGUUGAACUUCGUGGCGAGACGGAACGGCGUGAUUUCAACAGAGAUCGUAAUCAACAGUACUCGGCAAGAAUGGAAUAUGACCGCACAACUGGCCGUGAUGAACGAGGUGGCCGAGAUAAUCAGAGUUCAGUUCAUGGUAUCGGCUUACUUGGACAAGGACCACGUCAACAAGAAAAUAAUUGGUCGCAGAGCACCCUUGAUAAUUCGCUGAUGAACAGGCCAGUUGAACGUUGGCCAGCAUCGGGUAUGGUUGGAGGGCCAAUGAAUCAAGGCAGCAUGUCACAGGUGUCUCAGCCAAUGAACCAGCCGAUGAUGAAUCGCUCAGCAAGUGGCGGCUACAUGGGUGGAGCGGGUGGAGGGCCUGGCAUGCAGCAGUCAAGUAGUAUGGGUAGUGGAAUGUAUAACAACAUGAUUAAUACAAUGCCAUUAGCGCCUGGUCCAGGAGGUAGUGGUGGUAAUUUUGGAAUGGAACGAAGUCGUCCACCGCAAGCUGAUGUAGGGUUUGGUGGUGGACAGAGGGGUCAAAGAUAUUAGGAUAUCAGGUUUUUUGUCAAACAACUGAAAAUUGAAUGUAAUUAUUACAGAUCUUAGAAAAUAGUGAUUCUGUGGUCCUACUUUUAAGCACAAAAAUAUAUAGGCCUACUAUGAUUGCUUUCAGCAACUUCCCACCCAUUUUACUUGAGACGAACAUAAAAUCACUGUACAGGUAUUUAAAUUAUUGAAUUUAUCAUGAAGUAGAAAUAUGGUUCUUGUGAUUUAUAGGUUAACGUUGUUGAUGUAAUGCCGGGUUGUUGCACUGUGCUUACUGUUGUAAUGGUUUUAGUAUAAAAUUUGACCAUUGGCUAUCAUGAGUAUUUUCCAUGUUUCAUCCGGAUUACUAAAUGUUAUUGGUUUUGUUAAUGCUCCAAUGUUUGCCUUUUAAUAAAUAUUGUUAUGCUUAUA